AUGGCUGACUAGCAGAAGUAGACAAAAAUAACAACACAACUACUCGAUUACAACAUCACAUUUGUAACUGAUAAUUGUAUCUUUUUAAAUUAAACUUUUAUGAUAUGGAAUCUCUGAGAAAUGGUUAUAGAUCUGCUUCAUCUAGUUUAAUGAAACGUGAAAGAGACGGAACCUCAUUGUCAUCUUUAAAGCAGAGUUUGUUUGGGCAUCGACUUGCACAAUCCCAAAGUUUGUUUAAAAUUGAUUUACGUGGUCACUAUGGCUGUGUUAAUGCCAUUGAAUAUUCAACAGAUGGAGAAUUUAUAGCAUCUGGUUAGUAUUUCUAAUUUUCACUGCAGUACUGGAACUAAAUUUUCCUAACAUUUUUUAUUGUGAAGUGGAUGCGUACACCGCGGCGGUGUACCUAGCGAAACCAUCGGCUUUGGCCUGCGUAAACCGCGGCGGUGUAUCUAGAGAAAUCGUGGGCUUUGGCCUGGGUACACCGCGGCAAAAAUGUACCAUUGGUCUUCUUUUAAGAUAUACUUGUAGUUGCAGAUCUUGUGUGGUCAAGUGGUAGAGUGGACGCUUGGCGUUAAUAUAUUUCGAGAUCAAUUCCCAGUAGGGGAUCGAGUUUUUGUUCCUCCUAUUUUAGUUUUAAAAUAUUUUGUAGCAAAUUAAACAAUUUAAACAUAUUUUUAAAUAUUGUAUUAAAUUAUAUAUAUAUAUAUAUAUAUAUAUAUAUAUAUAUAUAUUAUAGUGUUUCAACAAGUUGUGCCAGCCUUUGACUUUGAAAAUACCGGUAAAUUUAGUAAUAAGACAUUUAGACAUUAGAAAAUAAACUUAAAGUUUCUGAAAGCGCAUGUAUAGUGUAUGUAACAUGUAUAACAGAAACAUUUUGAAUACUAAGUGAUAUCCUAUUGUAUUUCAACAAUCUUCGUGUAGUUGAAUAUUUACAUUUUACUUUUACGAACACCCAAAGAAAAUACCAGUAUAUCAUUAAUAUCAUAUGAGUAUGAAUAUUAAUGUCAUUAUUGUGCAUGGUCGUAUUUCAACCUUGAACCAUCUUGCUUUCAUCUUGCCUUAUGCAUUGGCAAAAUGUACACACGAUAUCAAAGGUUCAUUCACAACACUCAGUUUCACAGCAAAUCUUUUGAAAACACCUCGAUUUUAGAAACUUACGUCUAUAGCAAAGCCAUAGGAAUAGGUCUGCGUUUACCCUUUUCAUGACGGAAUUUGUUUCCAGAAUGGCAUGGCAUGUGCUAUUCUCAGGGUAAAACAUGACGCUUUCUCACAGAAACCAUUGCACAUUGGGCUUGGGACAGGAUUAGCACUAUGUCAAAGUUUUUGUAUUUGUUGUUGUUUUUUUUUUUUAAGAAAUCGACCCUUGCCGGGGUGGGGGGUGAGUUAUGGGCAGAGGCUUAACCAAAAAAAGGGCCUACACAAUCCACGGCUCUGGAUAAGGGUUGUCCCCAAAGGACGUCCGCACAACAAACUUACCUUUUGCAUCACCCCCCCCCUCCGCCGGCAUUUUUUACUAACGUGUAAUGCCAAUGUAAAAUUUAAAUCAAUGAUAUUUAAUUAUUGUUAAAAGACUUUAAAAAUCACUGCAGUGUUUCGUAUUUAUCAGCAUACUAUUGUUUUGUGUUGACACAUGCUUGGUAUCACAAUGACAAUGCCUCGGACAACUUUAACUUCACGACUUCAUGAUCAAUGUAUGACCAUGUGAUUCUUUUCCCGUAGUGUAUUUGUGUCGUAAUUAUAUCUUGGUGCUAACAAAAUAGAUUCACUGGCUUUCUCAUUCAUUUUUGCACCACGCCCCGAGGGAUCACAUACAAUGUUAUAUUUAUAAUGCCCCCCCCCCCCAAACAAAUUAGCUACCCUUUUUAUGCCUAUUAAGAUUCACAAUCAUAUGAUAAAACUUACAAUAAAUAAAUAUAUUUGUAUUUCAAUAUAUUGGGGAGGGAAGGGGGGGGGGAGAAUAAAGUGGUUACCUUCAAAAAUAAAUCAUGGUUUAACAUUACACCUUCCAAAAAAAAUAAUAAGAAAUGCUCUACAAGUACUUUGCCACAUAAGCGUGGAACUUAAUCAAUAUAACUUAAUCAAUAUCCUCCUCCCAUAGUACUAAACGAUUUUUAAAUAAAUAGUUUUCAGUUUUAACACGAGUAUAACAUUAAAUCUACAAGUACCGGUUAGGCCAAAAAGUUAAAGACUCCCAAAGACCAUAGUUUUGCUACUUAAAAUCGCUGCGGUGUACGCAGGCCACAGACCAUGAUUUAGCUAGGUACACCGCCGCGGUGUACGCAGGCCAAAGUCAAUAGUUUCGCUAGGUACACCGCCGCGGUGUACGUAGUGCCGGCCUUUUUAUUGAGGAGUCAACAUUUUUAAUUUAUCUAAAAAUCUAUAUUCUAUUCAGUCUAUUCUAGUCUUAAGUUUUCUAUUUCAGAAUUUCGAGGGGAUACGGCCCUCCCCUACUUACACUCAAAAGCUUUUGAUGGGCAACCUCAAUUUCCGCUGCCCCCACCCCACCUUUGUCAAUCAAAGUAACAGUGACUGACAUCCUGUUAGUGUUAUCUAAAAUUAACAACACUGCAUAUUUAUAUUUUUAAGUUAUGGCAUGGAAACAUUCACAUAUUUAGGCAGCAGCCUCUCCCAGUCAGUAACAAUACACGAUGAGAUUAGCAACUGAAUUUCCAAAGCAAUUGCUGCAUUUGUAAGGGUCCACAAGAGUAUCCGGGAGCCAAAGGGUCUCAGUCUUGUCUCAAAGCUGAUAGUAUUUUGGGCAAUUUUGUAACAACUCCCUUAUACUCCUUCGAGAGGUGUACAGCAGACAUCUCCACCUACGCUGUCAAUGCUAACUUCAUGGCAUAAGUUGGCAGGAAAAUGUCCCUGAUACAGAAAUCCUAAAACAUGCUGAUUUUAUCAGCAUACACAUUUUCCAACAAAAAAGACAAGCAAGAUAGGCAGGGCAUUUGCGAGAAUGCCAGAUAGUAGACUUCCUUCAAAAAUUAUGUUGGUGAACUCUCCAGAGGGAAAAGCUCAGCUGGUAGGCAGAAAAAAAUGUGUGCUUAACAUGUGGGGAAGCUUUCCAGACACAAAUAAGACUGGCAAGCCACCUGUGUAUGCACUGUUGAAAUUAGCCUUGUUCAUCUUCGCAUUUAAAUUUAUCUAUGUGCUGAAAAUGAAUAAGUACAAUGUAAUAAAAAAACAUUUCCAUUAAUUUGGGUCAGUAGAAGAAUCUUAUGUUAAGCUUUAUUAAAGAUUAUUUUCUGAUUUAGGCUUUAAUAAAUUUAGAGACCCUAAUUCAAGUGUAAGUCAGGUGUAGAUCAUAAAAUAAUAAAUAUAAUAUGGCAGAUAGAAUUUCACUGAUUGACCUUGGAUUUGACUAAGCCUACAUACUACAAAUACUUAUUGAUAUUGGUUAGUCAUUUUUCUGUUGGCAUAUAUAUAUUGCAUGGAAUGGAGAGCUCUUCAGUCUUUUGUUUUGUGAUUCUUUUAAUCUGUUUACUUGAUAACCAUUUGAAAUUAUAUUAUAAUGAAUAAUGUAUAUUCUCCAGACAUCAUUCAGCCCUAAAGCUAGUGUUAUUAAUUUGAAUUAUUUAGUUUUUGCAUCAGUGUGUGGCUUCUGUGUUGUAUCAUACUUAAGAGCACAUGAAUGUGAUAAACUUUAAAUGAUAAUCUAUAUGUAAUUUAAAAAUAAAUUCUUUGUUUAGGCUCUUAUCAUUAAAAAUCAGGUUUCGUUCUCUGUAUAUAUGUAUUUUGUUUUGCACAAUAUUAAAUUAAUGCCAGAACAUUUUCUGAAGCAACCCCCCUCUCCCACUAAUAUAAGUUACGGGCCGCCACUAACCUGCUAUAAUUAUUUUGGAAAUAACAAAAUUAGAAUAAAAUCAUGCAAUCCUUGGCAUUUUAAUUGAUAAUCUGAUUGAUAAACUAAUUGAUAAUCGUAUUGAUAUUCUAAUUGAUAAUCUAAUUGAUAGGAUGAAUAUUAUUUUAAGGGGAUGAAAAUUAUUGAGUUGGUUUUUUUUUUGGUAGCUAUGUUAAAAUGACAAAGCAAAAAAAAAAAAAUCUUGGAUCAUGUAUCAUGGAAUCACCAGUACCAGUUUCAUUUGGUCUCUUCUUUCUUAGUCGGUGCCAUAAUGGCCUGAAAAGACAAUUAAAAUAAAAACCUAUUUUAUUUACAGGAGGAGAUGACAGACGUCUUCUGCUCUGGAAUGUCGGUCAAACAAUAUUUGACAACAAGGGUCCCUCAGUUAUUGACACACAGCAUAUCAGCAACAUUAACUCUUGUUGUUUCGAUGCAGAAGAUAAAAAAGUAGCCACCGGAGGUAGUGUGAAAUUUAUAUGUUCAUUUAUUUAUUUAGUCUGUGAGAUCCUAUAGUUAAUUAAUAAAUAUUACAUCGUUUCUCUUUUUAUUUAUAGUUUUGUUAUAUAUAUAUUUAUACAUUUUCUGUUAAUAUAUAGCAAAGGUGCACUUAUUAUCUCUAGUACAGGAACAGAGAGCGCACUAUUAUAAAUAAAUAUAGUUUUUCCGAUAAUUCAUUCAAGCACUUAUAAUGUUGAUAUUUCGUAUGUGUUAUAUGUUUUCAAUUAUUAGUAGUGGUUAAUAUGUUAAGAAAGCUAUUUAUUGAAAUAUUAUUUAAACUCCCUUUUAAAGGAAAUGAUGGCCAAGUUAUUGUUCAUGACUUCAGUGUGUAAGUAAUCAUUAAAUGAAUUAGAGUCAAAGUCAACAUGACUUCAUUAUGUAAGUAAUCAUUAAAUUAAUAGAGUCCAAGUCAACAUGACUUCAUUAUGUUUGUAAUGAUUAAAUUAAUGCUUUACCGGAUGUAUUACACAUCAGCUCCUGCCAUUUUUAUUAUGGAUGAAAGAAAUGUGGAGGUGUGAAAUAUUGUGAAAUAAUUUUUAUGAAUAUUUUCAUCAAUUAUUCUUAACAAUGCAGAGUACGUCAGCUUAUUCUGCAUUCCUUCUACAUGUAUCCUCAAGUUUCAUAAAAAUCAUAAACAUUUAUACAUAUGAACUGCAACAAAAAAAUUAUCAUAUGUCGUGUUGAAAAUUCAAACUAAGAAUGGUAAAUUAUUGAUGUUAACAUUUCUCUUUUUUGUAUAUUUUUUAUUACAUUUCAUAUCGGCAUUGAAAAGACAAAGAGUUCAUGUAUUUAAUUUCAUUUUUGGCACAACACCAUAACGCGUUAUUGAUCUGUCAGGCAAAUGUCAACCAUUGUGUGCGGUCUCAAUGAUGCCAUUUACUGCCUCUCACCUGACCCAAUCAACGCAACAAUCAUUGCCACAGCCAGUGACGACGGCAAGGCUCAGAUUCUGGACACAAGGAUGCCCAAAUUCAGUGGUUGGUCGUUUUCUUGGCUCAUCACUUUCAUCACAAAUGAUAAAUGAUGAAUAUGCCUUUCAAUAUGUUUAACUCUGUGUUUAUAGUUGAUACAUUCGGAUUAGGUUAAAAUCUAGGACUGCCUUAUAAAUAGAUUACUACGCCAAAUAUCUUUUUAAAAAAGGCUUGUCCAAAAUGACAAUUUUCAUCAUAGUUUUAAGUUAAAUAUAGAAAUAUAGGAAUAAUUGUUUCCUUUAUUGAUCAAAUGAACCUCUUACAUAUUGUACGGCAACAUAUGAUUUAGAAGCAGCUCAACCUCAUAUUUGAUAUUUAUGAAAUAGAAGACAGGAAGGAUUUGAAUACUUGGACUGCCAUUAUAGUGCAAUGUUUGGACUGCUUCGGCCUAAUCCUUAUGUAUCUAGUGCCAUGUCUGGACUACUUCGGCCUAUUUUAUGAGUAUCUAGUGCCAUGUCUUGACUACUUUGACCUAGUCUUCAUUUACCUAGUGCCAUGUCUGGACUACUUCGACCUAGUCUUCAUGUAUCUAGUACCAUGUUUGCACUACUGUGGUCUAAUCUUAUCUUCUGUUUUAAUCCAUCAAUGUUUAAGUUUGCUACAGCCCUAAUCAUUUUAAAAAUAAUGUAAGGCUAAGCAUUUUUUAUGACACAGCUUGAAAAUAUUGUUUUGAACUGUUCUCAUGGGGGAGAGAGAAACAACAUUUGGUUAUGUUCAUUUCCUAAAACUGGACUGAAAGUAAAUUGGCUACAUGACAUAUGAGGCUCAUAAGUAAUGACAAACCAUUUCUGUCCUCUUUUGUAAGAUGCAUUCAUGCCUUUGUUAUUCUCUGGAUUAGCCCCAUUUGUAUUGGCUGACCAGGAUGCAGCUAUGCACUCUAUCAUGUAUAACCCAAUGGAUCCAGUUCUCCUGGCAACGGCCAACUCUAAACAUGGCAUUGGGCUGUGGGACAUCAGGAUGCCACUUAAGUGAGUAGUGGUGUGGGUGACCUGACCACCAUUGAGAAGUAGAGAAGAAACUACAGUUUAAAUAUCAACAGUUGAAUUACCUUAGCAAUGAAUAAAUAUUUAUUUAAAUUAAAAAAACACAUAAUUUAUAACGUUUGUAUUGAUGUUUGUGAUGACCAAAUGCAAUAUUUACCCAAUUUUUUUCAGGCAUAAAUGGCCAUAGAUAUAAAAAGACAUAUCCACUACCUCAGAUCGUCAAAUUUCAUCUUUUUAAAGGCACAGAAAUCAUAUCAACAAUACUUAAGAUUUUAAACAAAAUUUUUUUUUUUACACAAAAUUAAAUAAGUUGAAGACAAAAAAAAUUAGAAAAUUUUCUCUCAGCACUAACUAAAGAUGCUUCCAAUAUUUUUCACCAGGGCCCUUAACUAUAAAAGUGGCAUCCAGAACUGCAUGAGUGUCCGCUUUAACAGCCGAGGCGAUCGCUUGCUGGCCUUGCGACGCCGCUCGUCCCCCGUCCUCUAUGACAUUGGGAAGAUGCAUCCGAUCUAUGAGUUUGAUUACAAGACGUAUUACAAUGCUUGCACCCUCAAAAGUUGUAGUUUUGCUGGUCUUCAUGAUGAGGUUUAGUAAUUUUUGUAACAUGUUGUGUCAUCAGCUUUCUUCAUGGGCAUCCAAAGAGCUAAGAACCACUGAGAAUUAAGUAGAUGCUUUUAAAAUGAGGUGUAGUCGCCCUAAUUUUUUUAUGUUGUUACGUCUCUAUUAAUACAUUGAAGAUGUGUUUGUGUUUAACCAAACUUUUGAUUCUCUGUCUACCAGUACAUCAUGUCUGGAUCGGAUGACUUCUGUGUGUACCUGUGGAAAAUUCCUUCAGAACUCAGUGAAAGCUGUAGGAACCUCAUUUGUUUUGUUCUUUUUUAUAAUUAUAACAGUGGUGGUGGUGUACCCAGUCAUCCCAACAAUUGUUUUAAGUAAAUAGAUUAGUUACUUUUAAUACAACAUGUUCAAUUAUCUUUAAUACAGGUACUAAACAUUUUAGGUCUUUUUUUAGGUAUACAUUUAUAUACAUAUAUAUUUUUAAAUUUAUUUUAAAAUAACAGACACCCAGACAGAGCCUCACAUGAUACUCAGAGGUCAUAGGUCAAUAGUAAACCAAGUCCGGUAUUGUCCACACAGUCAGUUCAUCAUAUCCUCUGGAGUGGAAAAGUUGAUCAAGGUGUAAAACUUGUCCUGUCAUUUAAGGGUCACAUGGUUUAAAAACUAACAUCAAAUGAAACUAAUUCAGAUUGCCUUAGGGCAGUGGUUCUCAACCCUCCUAAUGCCGCAACCUUUUAAUACAGUUCCUCAUGUUGUUGCGACCCCCAACCACAACAUUAUUUUCGUUUCUACUUUAUAACUGUUGAGUACCGGUAUGUGUUUUCCAAUGGUUUUAGGUGACCCCUGUGAAAGGGUCAUUCGACCCCCCAAAGGGGUCGUGACCCAAAGGUUGAGAACCGUUGCCUUAUCGGGUGGGUUUUUAAAAGGUUUUGUCCUCCAAAUAUUUUUAAAAUGAUUAGCUCUGUGGAAAGUGAAACAUUAAUUUCUUCUUCUUCUAUAUAUUAAGUGCCGACGAUCAAUUUAUUGAUCAUUCUGCCCCCUAUGCAUGUAGAGGGGAUUGCAAUGUUUCUGUGCCUGGUGUUGACAAGGACAUUUCACUAGUUGCAAGGGCUACUUUGUGAGGGUAUUAUACGCUGGGGGUUGGAAGGCCUGAGGCAAUAGACACAAAUGUGUCUAGUGUUGUCGCCUCAACUGUUUUUUUUUUUUGGAAGCUUUUUCCUGUCCCUGAUUGUCUUUGGCAGGAAUGAGCAGUUCCUGUACUGGCUUCUUGCUGGUAUGAACCGGAAUUGCCUGUCAUUGCCUCGUCACUGUCUAUGGGGGAGAGGGAAGAGUUUUUGUUUGAUGCUGGAGCAGUGGACCAGCCCAUUUUUUAUCUUGUACAUCAUGGAUCUGUAGAUGCGUACUUUAAAAGCGGUCGGACAAAGGCUUUAUCUGCUCUUUCUUUCACAAUGGAGUUGCCGAUCUUUAGAUUACGACUUAAGAACCCUAGUGUCUUGUUUGACUAGUUGCACACAUUGUUAAUAUGCUCGUCCCAGUGGACUUCUCUUUGAAUGGUAACACCCAGGUACCUUUCAGAGGAAACUGGCUCAAGUAUAUUUGUAAUGGUGGUGUAGAGGGGUACGACUUUUGGAGACUGACAGUGUCUGGCACUUGGCAGGAUGAAAUUCCAUGUCCCAGCUCAUCUCCCACUUGGCUAACCUAUGGAGAUCCUGUUGUAGCUGGUCCUGGUCAGAUCUGUUGGCAAUUUUCCUAUACACUGUCAUGUCAUCUGCGAACAGUCUGGCUUGGGAUGUCAGUUUCUCGGGUAGGUCAUUGAUGUGUGCUCUGAACAAACAGGGGCCUAGCACGAGCCCUGGGGGAUGCCUGACUUAACACAGACAAAGGAGGUGCUUGUACCGUCCACCACUACUGCUUGGCAUUGGUUUCAAAGUGUUUCCAUAUUUCCUUAAAGUUAAAGAUUUUAAUUUGACCAAUUUUAGUUAGCAUUUCAAAAUAAAUUAAAUGAUGAAAAUGUUGUAAUUGAACAUUCUUAACCAAUUAUUAUUAUAUUUUUUCUUUGGUAGCUUUGGAGUCCUUACUCAAUUCCAAACUGUUCUGGCCAUCUUGUGCAUAGUCGUCGCUAUGGUGACGAUGAGGAAGUUGAAAGAAAUGCUUACAGUCAUGAAGAGUACAUUCACAUGGUUUUGCAAGCCGGGAGCUUCCUGUCACACGAUUAUACCAACGGGAGCACAGACGAGGAACCGUGCAUGAUAGCAUUCUUUGACAGCCUCAUUCAGCGGGAAAUUGAACAGAGCGUAGAAAAAGGAGACGAUACGAGUUCAGAUGGCAACAAAAGUGAUGAUGGCGGAGGGGGCUGGCGGAGUGCCGGAAAAAACAGGCUGGCGAGAAGUCCGGUUCUUGAAACGGAGUCUGCCGCCGCUUCUUCUAUUCCAUUACCCGCAUCAAGGAGCAGCGAGGGUGACGAUCCAAACAACACUCAGGACACCACUAGCAGCAACUGGAGGCUGUCGAGGCCUUCUUAUAGGGACCUAAACCUUGAUUCAUCAUCGGAUAGUGAUAGUGAAGUGGACGAGAUACUCAGCGCGAUGUACAGUAGGUAUCUGACAUCACGGGCGAUGACCUCUGGACCGAGGCUGCCGGGUAAGAAAAUUUCUAGUGUCAUUGCUAAGGGUAAGCUAAAAGAUUUCACCUCCAAAAGAAGCGUAUGUCCAAGAAGGUUGCGGCGCAUCAGGGAAGACCUGCAGCACAGUGGAGAUCAGUACCUGCGGGACAAUGCGACAAGCGUGAGCAUCCUAGCCGAUGUCAUUGAUAACUUUGUGGACAAUUUGGUUUCAAAUGAGUUUAACAACAGCCGGACGUUUAGCGACACCAACGACGGCCAUAUGAGCACUGACUCUGGCAGCAAUAAUCCAUCGGAAACCAGCUCCUUACCCGAGGAGGCCACAAUACAAACUGUCAUUCUAGAUGAGUCCAGCCCUUCGCGAACCUCGCUCGCCAGCUCACAGGAAACUCAAGCGCCCCCUCUGCCAUCCAUCAGCACUCGGCCUAGACUCCCGGUGUCUCUAGAUGCUGGUUUGUAUUUCAUGCCAGAGCUCCAGGCCUUCGCCCCAGAGUCCUUCAAUGCUGUUUUAAAUCUAGACUUGGCUCAGAACACUUUCAACGGUUCAGCAAUGCCCGCCCCUUCUAAUUCUGUCAGUUCUAGUAGGGCAACUGGUGACCAACAGUCAGGCCGUAAAACAAAAUCCAGCAAGGCUGCCGGCAGCACUUCCAAACAAGCAAUGGCUUGUACCUCCAAGAACAGCCAGAAAGUGCAUACUAAACUUCCUGUUUCUAAUACCCCGUUUGGUUCCAUCAGCUUGGAAAGAAGCAACUCGGAUGAGUCUUUCAGGGCAUUUAUUAGGAAAGACCCCACCACUUCAUUUAGUGACAACAUCAAUGAUCAACAACCUCACAUCUUCUCAGCCAUCAACAGAUCUAGAGCGCCACCUGGCAAUGAUGGAUUUAAAGAGCCGGUUUGUGAGACCACGGCGAAACCAUGUUUUAAAUCAAAGUCUAGACCAAAGAACGGCAACUCGUCAUCUUCUUCAUCAGGGGGUAAUGUAACAUCCCUGAACUGUUCCUUAUUACCAAAGGAGGAACUAUCAAUUCCCCUUGGGAAGCCUUGCUCAAAGUCCAGGCCCAAGUUUAGACCCAAGGUCAGUAACUCUUCAUCUUCUCCGUCAGAAAGUAACUCUGCAGGCUUAAACCCUUCCUCCUCCUCCUCAAGUGAAGAGCCACCUUUACUCUCUGGAGCUCAACUGCACUCCUCAGUUUUACUCUCUGGAGCUCAACUGCACUCCUCAGUUUUACUCUCUGGAGCUGAACUGCAAUCGCUGAAGUCAUCAAAUAUGGAUGAAAGUUUGCCACCAAAUUCUGUUAAUGUGCAAUUCAAGAGGACUAAAGUUCGUGGACGACGUUUUCGUGUUCGGAGGUCAGAUUCUAGGUCAUCUAGUGAGGAAGAGGAACGUUGAUUAUACAAAAGCUUUAGAACAGCACUUUAGUUUGUCAGUUUGUUGUCUCCCAUCAUUCCAUAAAAGUUCUAUAGAUAACAACUAAUGUCACUAAUGCUUUAACUAAAUAAAAUUCCCUAUAACCAUAACUGCGCAAAUGAGAUUCUUAAAAAUACCACUAGUGCGUAAUAUUUUCUUUUGUUUUACGGAAAUAGUCUCAAUUUAAAUAUGGUGUUAUAAAUCUGCGGUAUAAAAGAUUGUAGGACAUAAGAAUAUUAAUAAUGCCCAAGCCCAAGGGUAUGAAAAAAGUAUGCAGUUGUGAAAGGGGGGAGGGGGGUCCCACUAAUUGGGGUCCUUUUAAACUGUGUUAGCCCUCUGACCUGACCUCUUAGAACCAAAUUAAAAAUAAACAAAAUAAAUAAUAAUACAAGCCUGCAGCUUGUACAACAGGAAUGAGAAAAUACAAAUAACUAAUUUCUCACACUGUACAUUAUUUACUUUACAUUCAGAGCAUUGAGUCAAUUUUAAAAAAAAAUAUAUAUUGAAAAUAAUAAUUUCCAGAUCAUAAUGUGUCAAAUAUUGCACUGCACCAGUUGGUUAAAAGAUUGACUUUUGACCAUUAAUUCUCACUACAGUGUAGUGGAAUCUGUACAUUUUUGUGGUUCAUAAUGAUGGUAAUAACUUAGUUUACCAGUAUGUUUUAUUAUGUUCAAACUGAAGAUUGGUUUAAGGGUGUGCUAGAGACAUUAGUUAAAUGGUGUCCUGGAGACAUUUGUUAAAUGCUGUGCUGGACUCUCAGUUAUUAUGUGAUAAUAAUAUAUAUAUAUUUCUACCUGUGUAGCACUUGAUCAGUAUUCUAGAAUUUUAUCAAGUGCUUUAAUCUUCUUUUUAUUGGUAUACAUUUUUUUGAAAGAAACCUGUUGUUUUUUGUAUUUGCUAGGGAUCAGUUUGAUAAUUUCUCAGAUUAUUUCUGAGUUAAUAUUGACUGUUUAAAGUCUGAGUGUAAGAUUUUCCAGUGAAAGGAGCAUACAUUUUUAAACAAUUGAUCUUCAGCCCUGGUUAUUAAUAAUUAAUGUAAAUGAGUUUUACUGUUGUUACCUAAUUCUUAAUGUUGAGAAUGUUUGAUGACCAUCACUGGAGAUGCCAAUGUUUAUGUUGUCUUUAAUGUAAAUGUCAACUGGAAUGCUGACAUAUGAAGCCACUUGAAUGGACCAUAGCGAAUGUGUCAUUUGCAUAAUGCAAUGCUAUUGAAAUGAUUUUGACACAAGCUGCUGAGUGGUGAAAUAUCUAAGAAAUCUUUACGGUCAUGUGGAAAGUUUAAAACAUGACUUUUAGAACAGUGAAUUAAAUUUUUUUAUACAAAUAACUACCUUGGUGGAGUUUAUUUCAGUAACUGCUGGUAGUUAUUAUUAGACUUCUCAGUCUUUCAUUUCAUGCAUACAUGUAUUAUCUAACAAGCAAGUGAAAAUUGUAUCUGAUUUUUGUUAAAAGACUGAAUUCUGGAUAGUGACCAAAUAAGAUGUGUCAAGUCAAAUUUAUUUAUAACCUAAAAAUAUAGACAGAAUGUACAUGUGUAUUUUAUUUCACAACAUAAUUUAUGCCC